UGGAAAACGAGAAGGAUGAGAAGAUCAGAAAGGCAGCUGAAUAAAACCCUAACCUUCCUUCCCAAAAUAUCGCGAUAAAUGAACAAAUUUUCUAAAUCUGCAAGUUCCGAUUCCAUCUCUCUAUCCGGGGCGAUAACUUCUCACUUUCUAUCUCUUAAGUUCAAAGGAAGCAGAACAUCUCAAUCAUCAUGGUUCGAGAAAAAGAUGUUUGUUGGGAGUAUGCUGAUAAGUUGGAUGGAAACAAGGUGAGAUGUAAAUUCUGCGGCAGAGUUCUCAAUGGCGGCAUUAGUAGAUUAAAGCAUCAUUUAUCACGACUUCCCAGUAAAGGUGUAAAUCCGUGUACCAAAGUAAGGGAUGAUGUUACUGAUAGGGUGAGGGCUAUAAUAGUAACAAAGGAGGACAUCAAGGAAACUCCUACUGUUAAGAAGCAAAAGCCAACUGAAGCCAAGGCCCCUGUGAGCACUUCUGCAAGCAAAGCUCUUUUGUUGAUUGAUGCAGCAUCUCCCAUUUCAAAACUUUUUCCUUCAACCCUACAAAUGGGUUUCUCCCAUACAAAUGACCAAGAAAAUGCAGAGAGAAGUAUUGCUUUGUUCUUUUUUGAGAAUAAAUUGGACUUCAGUGUGGCUCGUUCUUUAUCAUAUCAGCUUAUGAUUGAUGCAAUAGGAAAGUGUGGGAAUGGAUUUAAAGGCCCAUCUGCAGAAACACUCAAGACAAUAUGGUUGGAUAGAAUCAAGUCUGAAGUGAGUUUACAAUCGAAAGAUAUUGAGAAAGAGUGGGCUACAACAGGUUGUACUAUAAUUGCUGAAACAUGGACAGAUAAUAAAUCAAGAGCCUUGAUCAACUUCUUAGUUUCAUCUCCAUCCAGAACAUUUUUUCACAAAUCAGUAGAUGCUUCUGCAUAUUACAAGAAUAUAAAAUGCCUUGCUGAUUUGUUUGACUCUGUAAUACAAGAUUUUGGCCCAGAAAAUGUUGUGCAGAUAAUUGUGGAUAAUACGCUCAACUGUACAGGUAUAGUGAACCAUAUACUUCUGAACUAUGGAACAAUCUUCGUUUCCCCAUGUGCUUCCCAAUGUUUGAAUGCAAUUUUGGAUGAAUUUUCUAAGGUAGAUUGGGUUAAUAGAUGCAUCCUACAAUCACAAGCUAUUACGAAGCUCAUAUACAAUAAUUCUUCGUUGCUUGAUCUGAUGAAGAAGUUCACUGGGGGACAUGAAAUCAUCAAGACUGGUGUCACAAAGUCUGUUUCCAGUUUCCUCUCCUUGCAGUCUAUAUUAAAGCAGAGGUCAAAGUUGAAGGCAAUGUUCAACAACCCUGAGUUUUCUGGGAACCCUGCCUAUGCAAAUAAACCUCAAAGUUUAACUUGUAUUGGCAUUAUUGAAGAUGUUGAGUUCUGGAGAACAAUUGAAGAGUGUGUUGCUGUUUCUGAGCCGAUUCUGAAAGUGCUGAGAGAAGUAUCUGGGGGGAAGCCUGCUGUGGGGUUUAUAUAUGAGUUAAUGACCAGGGCCAAGGAAUCAAUAAGGACAUACUACAUUAUGGAUGAGAUUAAAUGCAAGACAUUUUUGGAUAUUGUUGACAAAAAGUGGCACAACAAUUUCCAUUCACCUCUCCAUUCUGCAGCAGCAUUUUUGAAUCCUAGUAUUCAAUAUAAUCCUGAAAUCAAAUUUCUUGGUACUAUAAAAGAAGAUUUUUUCAGAGUUCUGGAGAAACUUCUCCCCACGCCCGAAUUGAGACGAGACAUUACAAAUCAGAUUCUUCUAUUUACAAGGGCAACAGGAAUAUUUGGUUGUAACCUUGCAAAGGAAGCAAUUGAUACAGUUUCACCUGGGCUUUGGUGGGAGCAGUACGGUGAUUCUGCACCUGUGUUGCAACGAGUUGCCAUUAGAAUAUUGAGUCAGGUUUGCAGCACUUCUUCUUUUGAGAGGCAGUGGACCACGUUUCAGCAAAUCCACUCUGAGAAGCGCAACAAAAUUGACAAGGAAACACUGAACGACCUUAUCUAUAUAAAUUACAAUCUCAAGUUAGCAAGAUCGACAAAGUCCAAGUCUUCAGAAGUAGAUCCUCUUCAACUUGAUGAUAUUGAUAUGACUUCGGAGUGGGUAGAGGAGGCUGAAAGUUCAAGCCCCACUCAGUGGCUUGAUCGCUUUGGUUCUGCCCUGGAUGGUAGUGACUUAAAUACAAGACAGUUUGGUGCUUCUAUAUUUGGUGCAAGCGACAACUUAUUCGGUUUGUGAUCUUGCAACUCUGAUCAAGUUGACUCCUUAGUAUGUACAAAUCAAUCUCUCAUGUCAGUUUUUAGUUUUAUAGUCAUUUGCCUUUGCGCAAGAUGAAGUAGUGGAUUGAUUUCUCUCCAAAAGGAGAAAAAAACGAAAAAAAGAAGAAGAAAGAAAUAGUGGUUUUGUAGUUCUUGCCCUCCUGUUGAUAUCUUUAGUCAUAAAACCUGUCUCUCUAUUAGGAAAGUAAGCCUUUCCUUUGUAUUUGCUUAUAAAUCGUACGUAAAUAAAUUAGAUUCUUACAAGCCAGUUGAACACACAAAGGACUAGAGCUUCGGCCUUUUCCUUCUACAGCUGCCUUGAGGGGUUGUAUGCUGGUGAGUUUUCAAGGGAAUCAGUUUUUGACAA